AUGAACAGCACCGGCACCGGUACCGGCACCGCAAGGUCGGGAACGAUGACCAACGCGCACUCAGGCAUUUUCACACAAGGGGCACGCGGGUCACCGGCAGCGGGUAUGGACCACGAACUCCACGUGAACCUCGUACGGGAUAUCAUCAGAACUCGGCGGGACCAGAGACGCGCGCGGCUGCAACAGCGGUGUCGAACGCAAAGUAACGACACGACGCCGACACCAACGCCGCCGCCGCCAACGAGCCGCAGCGUCACGCCCCUGAAGCGUCAGCCGAGCCAUGGUAGCAGCAACAAGCCCGACAGCCCGCUCUCCUUCGCCUCGUCUGAGUUCUCGUCCGAGUACUCGUCGGACUUUUCACCCUGCGUCUCGCCGCUGAUGGAGGACCUCAUGCUGGAGAUCAAGGACGCGAUCCAGAGCAGCGACCCGGGUCCCGAGCUUGGCGCAUCGCCGAAACGGACACCGUCAGCGUUCGACAUGGACGACAUAUUCAGGUUGAUCGAGGAAGCGCAGAGGGAAUACGAGAGCCUGAGCGGUGAAAGUGAAGCACCUGCUGCGCAACGGAACGACGAACCGCAUCGACAGCCUCGGUGGAGCUGGGAGAGUCUGCUGGGCCAUCCGUAA